AUGGAUGGAAGCUGCAUAGAUGAGAGCGCAACUUCUAGUACUGAUAACUCCAUAUCCAUUACACCAACUUCCUUCUCUCCCUUUCCACCUCCUACUGCCACAACAAAAUCACCACCUGAGUCACUUUGCCGUGUUGGGAGCGGCAAUAGUGUGAUUCUUGAUGGCGAAUCAGGCGUCGAAGCUGAAUCAAGAAAACUCCCUUCUUCCAAAUACAAAGGAGUCGUCCCCCAACCAAAUGGUCGCUGGGGUGCACAGAUUUACGAGAAGCACCAGCGCGUGUGGCUCGGGACGUUCAAUGAAGAAGAUGAAGCAGCAAGAGCCUAUGAUAUUGCUGCACAGAGGUUCCGUGGAAGGGAUGCUGUGACUAACUUCAAGCAAGUUAAUGAAACUGAAGAUGAUGAGAUAGAGGCUGCUUUUCUGAACGCUCAUUCAAAAGCUGAAAUCGUUGACAUGUUAAGGAAACACACGUACAACGAUGAGCUAGAGCAAAAUAAAAGGAACCACAAGAAUAACAAUGGGGCAAAUGGGAAGCAACACAAGAAUACAGGAAACUGUGAGAAUAAUGGUUAUGAUCAUGGUUGUACUCGGGUGUUGAAAGCGCGUGAACAGCUUUUUGAAAAAGCUGUGACUCCAAGUGAUGUUGGGAAAUUGAAUCGGCUUGUGAUACCAAAACAACAUGCAGAAAAGCAUUUUCCUUUGCAGAGUACAUCAAGCAAUAGUACUAAAGGUGUGUUGCUUAACUUGGAAGAUGUGGGUGGCAAAGUGUGGAGGUUUCGUUAUUCUUAUUGGAAUAGUAGCCAGAGUUAUGUUUUGACGAAAGGGUGGAGCCGAUUUGUUAAAGAAAAGAACUUGAAAGCAGGUGACAUUGUUUGCUUUCAAAGAUCAACCGGACCUGAUAAGCAGCUUUACAUUGAUUGGAAAGCAAGAAGCGGGUCCAACCAGGCCCAACCGGUUCAACCCAUUCAGAUGGUGAGGUUGUUUGGGGUCAACAUUUUUAACGUACCUGGGAUGGAAAAUGGGUGUAAUGGGAAGAGAUCAAUGAGGGAAAUGGAGAUUUUGUCAGUAGAUCAUCAGUACAGUAAGAAACAAAGAAUAAUUAGAGCUUUGUAA